GUUCCCGAAAUCUACGUAACAAAUAAUUUUGGAUCUACAAAUCCUGCAAUUUUUUCUUUGGACACUUUUAAUAUUUUCGCAAGUGAUCUCUCCAAUUAUAAACUUGAAGAUUUACAAAAUCUGGUGGUUUACAUGACUAGCUACACGAUUCCUUCAAAAAGUUAUGACCUUAACAAUUACACUUCAUUUAA